AUGAAAACGAAUGAAAGAAAUGAAAUGAUCGUCUCCAUUCCCUCUAAUGGAGUACCCUUGCCCGAAUGCCCAUUUUGUGAUCUUCGACGAUGUCAUCCCUUGCCAUUCUGUUAUACAUUAAAAAAUGGUUUGAGAGGUAAUACCAUUGGAGAAUAUUGUGGAACAAAGUGGCAGUUGGCUUCACUCGUUCGUGAUCAGUUGGCAAAUCGUAUCACGAAUGAUGCAUGUCAACCAUCAACAACUGAACCUGAAUUGGCAUACUGUUGGUGCCAGAACACUACUGUUAGUGAGACUGUAGAAGAUGAUCUCCGACGUGUCCGAAUAUGGCGAUACCAAUCUCUCAAAUGGUCUUCAGAAACAAAACAACAAACAUCUUUCAAGCUAUUACCAAUCACUUCAUUAUUAUUUUCUAUUUAUACACAUCUCUAUUGA